AUGUUUGCAUCAGAGUCGCCGAUCAGAUGUGUUUUGCAGCCACGUCGAUAUCUUGGACCUGCUGAUGUGCCGGCACCAGCAUCUUACGUUCCGCAGCAAAAAUCAAAGUUGAAGGAGCUAGUCUUUGGUUACCUUGCAAUAAGCAGCUCUAAAAGUAAAGGCCGGCUUCGAGAAUCGGCGCUGCUCUCGAAGCAGACAGAGUCACCCAAAGGCCAGGAAACCCAGUCUACUCGUCGUCCUCAGUGCGGGGUACACACUGUGCCAUCUAUUAUGGGGGCCAACAGCCCAAUCCAGCAACGUGACUGGGACUCUCACGAGCACGCCGAAGACGCCCAACUGCGGCAUGUGACUCUACAAAUGGACAACAGCGAUACGAGAUCAGGUGACACCGACGGCGACAGCUGUAUGGAAGGGAUGUGCGAUGCGGCGGUUUCACGAAGCAAACGCAAAAGCAAUGUGAUCAAGGCAAAGCAGACGACCAAGGCCGUGCUGGGUCCCAAAAAGGAGCGCAGCAGAAAGAGCGCUAACGCCCCACCAUCGCAGCCAACGACGGAUGGAACCACCUGGGCACCUUGA